AAUUGCUUCACUCACCCUGGAACCUCCAACCCCAGGGAGGUGGUGGAAGGGUGGCACCCCACAUGACCAAUGCUGAAAUAGGGAAGGAAGAGGAAUGUAUGAUGGGACUAGGAGUUUGAGUGAGAGAUAUAAGGAAGGAAGGGCAGUAAGCAGGCACAGACGCUGGUGGCCACCAGAAGUUUGAGCCUCUUUGGCAGCAGGAGGCUGGAAGAAAGGACAAAAGUGGCUCUGGCUGUGAUGGGGAUCUUACUGGGCCUGCUACUCCUUGGGCACCUAACAGUGAACACUUAUGGCCGUCCCAUCCUGGAAGUGCCAGAGAACAUAACAGGACCUUGGAAAGGGGAUGUGACUAUUCCUUGCACCUAUGGCCCUCUCCACGGCUACACUCAAGUCUUGGUGAAGUGGCUGGUACAUCGUGGCUCACACCCUGUCACCAUCUUCCUACGUGACUCUUCUGGAGACCAUAUCCAGCAGGCAAAGUACCAGGGCCGCCUACAUGUGAGCCACAAGGUUCCAGGAGAUGUAUCCCUCCAACUGAGUACCCUGGAGAUGGAUGACCGGAGUCACUACACGUGUGAAGUCACCUGGCAGACCCCUGAUGGCAACCAAGUGGUGAGAGAUAAGAUUACUGAGCUCCGUGUCCAGAAACUCUCUGUCUCCAAGCCCACAGUGACAACCGGCAGCGGUUACGGCUUCAUGGUGCCCCAGGGAAUGAGGAUUAGCCUUCAAUGCCAGGCUCGGGGUUCUCCUCCCAUCAGUUAUAUUUGGUAUAAGGAACAGACUAAUAACCAGGAGCCUAUCAAAGUAGGAAACUUAAGUACCUUACUCUUCAAGCCUGCAUUGGUAGCCGACUCUGGCUCCUAUUUCUGUACUGCCAAGGGCAAGGUUGGCUCUGAGCAGCACAGCGACAUUGUGAAGUUUGUGGUCAAAGACUCUUCAAAGCUAUUCAAGACCAGUACUGAGGCACCUACAACCAUGAGAUACCCCUUGAAAGCAACAUCUACAGUGAAGCAACCCUGGGACUGGACCACUGACAUGGAUGGCUACCUUAGAGAGACCAAGCCUGGGCCAGGUAAGAACACUGUCAGGAGCAUGUCUGUGAAGCACCCAGGCAGAAGGGUGGGAAACCAGGACCCCAGCCUGAAGCCCCUUCUUUUGGGUGGUGGGCUCUUGGGCCAUAGGGUGCAUGCCAGGGAGGCCAACGACUCUGGAGAAACCAUGAGGGUGGCCAUCUUCUCAAGUGGCUGCUCCAGUGAUGAGCCAACUUCCCAGAAUCUGAGCAACAACUACUCCGAUCAGCCCUGCAUAGGCCAGGAGUACCAGAUCAUCACCCAGAUCAAUGGUGACUACACCCGGCUGCUGCACACAGCUGCACGCAGUUCCUCCGUAUUAUGAGUUUCUGGCCACUGAGGCAAGAGUGUCUGUUUAAAAUGCCCCACUAGGCCAGGAUCUGCUGACAUAAUUGCCUGUACAGUCCUAGCCUUCUGCAUAGCCACCUUCCCUGCUACCUAUCUUCAUGAAUAGCCUCAAAUUUCUGCCCUGCCAAUAAUGGGGCCCCUGGGAGUCACUGGCUUUGCUUUAGAAUUUGUCAGAUGCAUUUCAAGUAAGUCAACUGCUGGAUUUGGCCCUGGGCCCUUCUAGUAUCUCUGCCUGGGAUUUCUGGUACUCCUCUCUAAACACCAGAGGGAAGAUACCCAUAGCACUAGGACUUUAUCAUCAUGCUUACAGGCACGAUUCAACUUUGGCAUCUUGCCACCAGAAGACGAGCGGGAGACUCAGCUCUGCCAGCUCAGAGGACCAGCUGCAUCCAGGAUCAUUUCUCCUCCUUCAGGGCCAGACAUCUUUUAAUUGAGAUUGUCAUAUCACAGACCAGGGUUCAGCUCUGCUCCUGCACUGAAAGUCUAAUGUUCUGACUCUUAAUGCUCAAUAAAUAUCUAAUCAUAACAGCAA